AUGGCGGUUUCAGCUUUUACUCUCUUCUCUUCUGGGAUCUUAUUCUUUCUAAGGACUCCACGUCUCCAAAAAGACGACACGGGAGCCGACCCAAGCCCUAGUUAUAGAUCCAUUGCCUACUCUGUCAACUGGGGAAUUUAUGGUCGCAAGUUUGAUCCGCAAGACCUUCCCGUUGAGAGGCUUACUCAUGUCCUCUAUGCAUUCGCAGAUGUGCGGAAUGAUACUGGAGAUGUGUAUCUUUCUGAUACCUAUGCAGACUUGAAGAAGCAUUACCCCGGUGAUUCCUGGUCUGAAGCAGGUAAUAAUGCGCCUUCUGCUUCCCUUCCAAAGACAAAGAGUGCCUUCCCUGAGCUCUAG